AAUGGAACUACCAAACCUCACCCCUUCUGUUUCGCCAUAGCCCACCCAAAAUAGUUUCUUGCCAUCGCAACACUCCAAAUCACAAAUCUUAACUCAGAUCUGAAAGCACUUUUUAGAUAUGAACAAAGGGAAUUCUGGCUUGGUUGAUAAAGCUGUUGAAUUGUACCAUUUCAUGGUUAAGAUUCAGAAUUGCGGACCUAAUGUGUUUGCAUGUAAUUCUUUGCUCAAUGCAUUAGUGAAAUGUUGGCGGGUUAAUGUUGCACGUAAAUUGUUCGAUGAAAUGAUUAAAAGAGAUAGUUCUGAUAAUUAUAGUGUUUGCAUAAUGAUGAGGGGUUUGUGUAGAGCAGCGAAGGUUGAGGAGGAUAAAAAGUUGAUUGAGGAUAGAUGGGGAGAGGGGUGCGUGCCAAAUAUUCUGUUCUACUACACCCUCAUUGAUGGUUAUUCCAAGAAAGGCUACACUGAGAAUGCUACUAAGCUUUUCAAGGAGCAUAAAAUGAAGGGAUUUUUGCUUACAUUGGAGACAGAAGGAGCUAUGAUAAAUGGGUUUUGUAAGAAAGGGAUUUUGAGGCAGUUCGAUAAGCUUUUGUUGGAAAUGAGACAUAGGGGUUUGGGUGUUAAUGUUGAAGUUAUAUUAAUAUCAUUGAUGCUCGAUAUAAGCAUGGUUUUGAAAGAUGGGAAGGAUCAGGAGGCUGAUCAACUCUUGGAAGAGGCAAUAAGAAGGGGCGAUUUCCUGCUGCUAAAGGUCCUUCUCGCUGAGAUGCUAAACAAAAAUGUACAACCUGAUGCAUAUGUUUGUGCCACUCUAGUAGAGGGGUUUGUCAGGAAUGGUGACCUUGAGGAGGCAAAAAAGUUCUUUCAAGUCAUGAUUGAGGAAGGUAUGGAUCCUGGCAAUGUGGGAUACAAUGCCAUGAUUUUCUGCAAAUUUGAUGGGUAUGUAAAGCAGCACAAUAUCAAUGGUGCACUAAUAAUGUUGGGGCAGAUGGUCAAGCGAAAAUGCCAGCCAAAUGUGACCAGUGGUUUGGAGCCUAAUGUAGUCACAUAUGCUAUGUUAAUUGGGAGCUUUUGCAAACUGAUGGUUUCCGAUGGAUGGUCUCAAACAGCUGCUGCUUGUAACUCUAUCGUGAUCUGCCUUUGUCAAACUGGAACGGUGAAAGUUGCUUUCCAGUUGCAGGAGAAGAUGAUGAGUAAAGGUUUCAUUCUAGAUCCUGUCUCUUUUGCUGCCUUGCUGCAUGGUGUUUGCUUAGAGGGAAGAUCAAAAGCGUGGAGGAAUAUCUUCUCCAACAAUUUUAAUGAACAAGAACUUCAAACUGCAUUGAAGUACUUGGAGAUUAUAAACAAGUACCUGCAUCAAGGAGUAAUUUGUAAGGCAUCAAUUAUUUUGCAGAGCUUGAUUGAUUACUGCAGGUUGCUAAACCAAAAGGAGAACAAUCUCAAAGUCUCAGCAAAAUAAAGUAGGAAAUUUUCCAAGUAAAAUGGUCCAUCUGGGCUUUCAACAAGAAAGAAGAGGAUCAUCUUUUGUGGGCUUCAUCAGAGAAUUAACGAAUUCAUGGAAUGGCAUAGGAAUGGGGUUUAAACUGCUAGCUUCUUUUUAUCUCAACUGAUUAGUUUUGAUUACUCUGCGGAGAAGUGUUUUAGAAACAUGAUACCUUCUAUAUAUCCCCUGGUUAAAAUUCAUCUUCUUAGAAGAUUGGACAAUAAAAGAGAGUACAGAUG